GCCGGGCAUGGCCGGCGGCGGGGCAGCUCCGCGGAACCUCCGCGGGAGCGCUGAGCCUCCGCGGGAGCGCUGAGCCCCCCCCGGCCCGGCCCCGCGUCCCAUGGCGGGACCGCUGCUGCCGCUGCUGUGCGGUGCCUUCGCCCUCCUGCUGCCCUGGGCCUCCGCCGACACCGCGCCAGCGCGAUGCAGCCACCCCAAGGACGUGGCCAACGCUCACAUCGACGCCGGCGACAACCUGUUGCUCAACACCCGCCUGCGCUACACCUGCAACCCGGGCUACAAGCGCAAAGCCGGCACCUCCAGCCUCAUCCAGUGCAUCCUCCGCGACGGCUCCGCCGAGCCCGACUGGACCCCCAUCACAUUGCAAUGCAUCCGGGACCCGGCUCUACCUCCGCAACCCCCCAGCCCCGAGCUCCCGACCGUGCCGCGCGCCCCCAGGACGACCCAGAGGGCGGGAAGCCCCGAUGCCAGCCCGACCUCCAGCCCUUCUCCAGCAGCGACGCCCGGGCUGCCCGGAGCUGCCAACCGGUCACUCGUGCCACCAGCCCCGGCUGAGCCAGCACCGGUGACACCCACGCCACCAGAGCUACUCCCACCCCUGGAGCCAUCCUCACUGGGAGAGGUGACAGCCCCGGGGAAAGCUCUGGGGACAACCUCGCUGCCCACCGCCCCUACGGACCACGCUGCAGUUUCCAUCCAGACCCUGGCCUCUUCCAUUGGCCUCCCGGUGCUGGUGGUCGCCGGCGUCGUGGCCUGCUGCUGCUGGAGGAUGAAAACGCGUGCGGGACGGGAUUACGCGGUGGUGGCCAUCCCCAUGGCCGCUCCCGUUGCUGAGAAUGAGAUGUCGCCGCCCGGUGUUUUCCCCACGGGCUGAGCACCCACCGCCGGGCAACUCGGUGCACCCGCCAGCCCGGAGGAUGCUCGGGGCUCCGAGGGAAAGCCGGAUCCUUCCCCGAGCGGCAGCGGCGCGUGGCAGAGCGGGUUCCCCAGCCGCCUUCCUCACGGAGCAUCUUCACCCCGGGGACACACGGCCGCUCUUCCCAGCCCGACCAAGCGACUCGCACGGGUGAGACCGCUCCAGCACCCCAAAGCCGUUCGCCGGCGAGCCCGCCACCGCAGCGGAGGGUGCCGGCGCCGUCCCGCCGCCGCGCUCGGCCCUCGCGCCGCGGCUCAGGGAUCCUUCAGAGGCAUUUUCAGCGCCGACCCCGGGUGCCCGUCAGCUCCGGCCGCUCGCGGGCAACCACAAGCAGGAGCGAUUUCUCUACAGGCACGACCAAAGCCUGAAGGCAAUAACACCACUUCGGAGAUAUUUUCCUUUGCGUGUUUUCCCUUCACCCAUCAUCCGUCGUUAUCCACUCGUUUCCCCCUCGCUCCAGAACAGGCGGCUUUAUCCUGACGCUGUUUUAUGUAUAGAUGUGUAUAUACUGUAUAUAAAAUAAUACACACGCAGCGGUUGGUUUUUUUGGUCUGGUCGGCAGCCGCGAUGGUGGGGGGUGGCAGCGGGGACAGACGGGAGCUGGGGGUGGGGUGAAACCCAUCUCCGCGGCGGGCGCCGGCAGUGCCGUGCUCCAGAGGCGAAGGGAAGGUGGCAGCUGGGCGGCGAAAGGAUUUUUAGCGGGCGGCCGGAAAGCGGAAGGUGCUUAACAAAUGGAUUUCCCCGCUUCUUUCCUCGCUGCUGUGUCUUGUGCUCCUGUUUUGUGUCGCUGCUCCGGAGCGGGAGGAAGCGGCACUUUGGAUGUGGGACGGACCGAACGCUCCGGCGUUGGAGCCGCUUCUCCCCAGCUCAUCCCAGGGACGGUUGGAAAACGGGCGAGGCUGGAAGGGCUGGUUGGAUGCAACGUCUGUGCCGAGCUUCGGGGUUCCAUCCAACCUCCAGGUCCGGGGUGAGCGGCUGCCUGCGUUUCGGGGGAGCGGAACGGGGGAAACCUUUCUGGAGUCGGCGUUUCGAAAGCAAAAGGAGAACCAGCAAAAGGAGCUACCGUUCCGUGAAUAACGACGGGAAUCAACAGGAUGCACGAGCUUCCUCCAGCAGGCACGGCUCUGGGGGCCGUGUCCAAGAGCAGGUCUCUUCCAAAAUCGGGUUCAGUUUUGACGUCCGCGGGACACGGGCUCUGGUACAACCUCCACAGCGUCUUCAGAUGGCAAACGUAAGCCACCAUCUGAUUUACAAGAGCAUCGCGCUGCUCGCGCCGCUGCUGCUGGGAUGGUUGGGAAAUAAAUGCAACCCAAGAUGACUUCUUAA